CGCGUCAGGCCCCGCCCAGUCCUCGCUAAGCAGCCGGCCGGCGUGCGGACUGCGCAGGUGCGCUCCUCAAGCGCGGCCUCCUCAUCCCACGCACAUCUCACAGCGUGAGGGUGGGACGGCGGCCAGAGGCUUGGCUGGAGGUGGUACCCGAGACCGCGAGAGCGAACUGGGGUCUCCAGAGACCUCGCGAUAGGGGCGCGGGCAAGGCCCAGCGCGACGGCCGUUGUGAGCACGGUGGCCACGGGCCGGGCCUGUGCUGCACGGAGCCCGCGGGUGCGACCUGCGCCUUUCCCGGGGCCGAGGCCACGCGCAGCGAAGACGAGCUGCAACCCCACGCUGUGAGUCCUAGAGCAAGCCCUCGGGACCCGGCCUCUCCGUAGGCCACGCCUGGGCCUGGGAAGAUGGAGGGAGACCAGCGGUCCGGCCCAUCGGCGCAGGGCCUGCUCCCCGAUGGCCACUUGAUCCUAUGGACGCUGUUCUCCGUGCUGUUGCCGGUGUUCAUCACCUUAUGGUGUAGUCUGCAGCGUUCGCGCCGGCAGCUGCACCGCAGGGACAUCUUCCGCAAGAGCAAGCACUGCUGGCGUGACACCGACCUGUUCAGCCACCCCACCUACUGCUGCGUGUGCGCCCAGCACAUCCUGCAAGGAGCCUUCUGCGACUGCUGCGGGCUCCGCGUGGACGAGGGCUGCCUCAAGAAGGUCGACAAGCGCUUCCCGUGCAAGGAGAUCAUGCUCAAGAACGACAGCAGGGCCGCAGAUGCGAUGCCCCACCACUGGAUCCGCGGCAACGUCCCCCUGUGCACUUACUGUGUAAUCUGCAGGCAGCAGUGUGGCAGCCAGCCUAAACUCUGCGACUACAGGUGUGUUUGGUGCCAGCAGACAGUCCACGAUGAGUGCAUGAGAGGCAGCUUAAAGAGUGAGAAGUGUGAUUUUGGAGAAUUCAAAAAUCUCAUCAUCCCUCCAAGUUAUUUAACGUCCAUUAACCAGAUGCGUAAAGACAAAAACACAAAUUAUGAAGUGCUUGCUUCUAAGUUUGGAAAGCAGUGGACCCCAUUAAUAAUCCUGGCCAACUCUCGUAGUGGAACUAACAUGGGAGAAGGACUGUUGGGAGAGUUUAAGAUGCUGUUAAAUCCCGUCCAGGUGUUCGAUGUCACUAAAACUCCUCCGAUCAAAGCUCUGCAGCUGUGCACGCUUCUUCCUUAUUACUCCGUUCGAGUCCUUGUCUGUGGAGGGGACGGGACUGUGGGCUGGGUGCUCGACGCAAUUGAUGAAAUGAAGAUUAAGGGACAAGAAAAAUACAUUCCAGAGGUUGCAGUCUUACCUCUGGGAACAGGCAACGACCUAUCCAAUACCCUGGGCUGGGGUACUGGCUAUGCUGGAGAGAUCCCGGUUGCACAGGUCUUAAGGAAUGUAAUGGAAGCAGAUGGAAUCAAACUAGACAGAUGGAAAGUGCAGGUAACAAAUAAAGGCUACUACAGUUUAAGGAAACCCAAGGAGUUCACAAUGAACAACUACUUCUCUAUUGGACCCGAUGCCCUCAUGGCUCUCAAUUUUCACGCUCAUCGUGAGAAGGCGCCGUCUCUGUUUUCCAGCCGAAUCCUUAACAAGGCUGUUUAUUUAUUCUAUGGAACUAGAGAUUGCUUGGUGCAAGAGUGUAAAGAUUUGAAUAAAAAAAUUGAGCUAGAGCUGGAUGGUGAGCGAGUUGAACUGCCUAACUUGGAGGGAAUUAUUGUUCUGAACAUUGGCUACUGGGGCGGUGGCUGCCGACUGUGGGAAGGAAUGGGAGAUGAGACGUAUCCUCUAGCCAGACAUGAUGAUGGCUUACUGGAAGUUGUUGGAGUAUACGGGUCUUUCCACUGUGCUCAAAUCCAGGUGAAACUGGCAAAUCCUUUUCGAAUCGGACAGGCGCAUACCGUGCGGCUGACUUUGAAGUGCUCCAGGAUGCCGAUGCCGAUGCAGGUGGAUGGGGAGCCCUGGGCCCAAGGGCCCUGUACUGUCACCAUAACGCACAAGACACAUGCACUGAUGCUGUACUUCUCUGGGGAGCAGUCGGAUGAUGACCUCUCAAGCCCUUCAGAUCACGAGGACUUAAAGGAGGCCGAGUAGAAGGCUGAGAUGAAGCGCAUCUGCCCAGAUGGGUGACAUGUCGUCCACAGGACACUGCUGGCCGUCCAGCUGUCAUUUCCUUCCUAGCAUUGUGUGUGUGAGCAUGUGAACAGCAUUUCCACAGCUAGACUUCAGUAUCACAGACAGACUCUCCUGUCAGCAACACACUCUGAUCAUUAUCACUAAUUGAAAAGAAAAACCCACCACAGAGAGGUCCAGGAAGAUGAAACACUUCUUCCGGCUGGACAUUGUAAGACUGGCCUCACGCCGCAUUGUGCACUGCCUUGGUGGACAGGAUGUGGAUGGAGAGACCAUUCCCUCCCUCAGUUGUUGGUGUGUAUCAACGUGUUAAACGUUAGCUCGCUUUUGAA